AUGAUAAUGACGCCCCCACAGAGCACGUCAGAUCAAUAUGAACUUAGCUGUAUACUAGCACCACCACAUCAAAGCGAUGUAAAAGCUGUCCUCGCCAUCUCGGACGAUAUGAUCGCAUCAGCAUCUCGUGAUCAGAGCGUAGGAAUAUGGACGAGAAGUGGAAAAACAAAGUUCGAGCUCAAAGCGCUUUUGGGUGGACAUCAUGCAUACGUCAACUCACUGGCCCACAUCCCUUCAUCAAACGAUAGAGACGCUGAGGACUUCGUGGCUUCUGGCGGAAACUCAUCACUCAUACUCCUUCACUCGUUGAAAACCUUUUCGCCAGAAAGUGAACAUUGUUUGAUAGGACAUAGUCUGAAUGUCUGUACGAUGAGUUAUUCGACGAAACGGAAGAAACUCAUCAGUGGAAGCUGGGAUCAAACCGCAAGGAUAUGGUCUAGAUCCUUAGAAUCAGAGAAUGAAGGGCCAAAAGCGAAUUGUUAUCUGACUGCCGAUCGAUUGAUACAUCUAUGGAACGAGGAAGGACAGAUAUUACAGAGGUUCAAAGGCUCCCCUGAGCCGGUCAGAAGUUUGGCUAUUUUACCUGGUGGUGAAACGUUUGCCUCAGCUUGUAACGAUAACUUGGUCCGUCUAUGGAACUUCGAUGGCGCCGUACUUGAGCGUCUCAAGGGGCAUAAGGACUAUGUUUACCAAGCUAUACCUGGGAAGAUGGGUGUAGAGCUUAUAUCUUGCGGAGAGGAUCAUACUGCUAGGACUUGGACAAUCACUGGUGGAUCUGAUGGAGGUAUAAGGAUAUGGUCUAAGGAAAAAGAUCGAAUAGCGGAGGCCGAUGUGAGAGAGGCGUACAUGAAGCUGGUUAAGGCUAAUGUGCAAAGCGAGGAAGAAGAUAGCACAAGCCAAAAUCAACCUGAACAAACGAGUCUGACCAUCGAUAUUGACCUGAGUGACGACGAUCCACCGAUUCUAUUGGUAUUUCAGAUAGGCUCCGACCCUCGUUCUACGGCUGAAGCUUUUGGACAAGAACACGGUUUAUCGGAAAACUAUAUUAAUCAGAUUGAAGCGUUUAUUAAAGCUCAUCUCGAUGCUUUGGGCUCUCAGUGA